AUGGACGACCUCUACUCGGUCCCCGACCCCACAGACUGGCUCUCAACAUCCUUGCCUACUUUCGCCGGUCUCGAGACGCCUCUUCACUGUCAAAUCUGCAAGGAAUUCUAUGACACACCCAUGAUCACAUCGUGCAAUCACACCUUCUGCUCCCGCUGCAUUCGAACAAGUUUAUCGCAGGAUGGAAAGUGCCCAGCAUGCAGGACUUCAGACCAAGCGAGCAAACUACGGAACAACUGGGCCCUACAGGAGGUUGUGGCGGCCUUUGUUGCUGCCAGAGGGGAAGCGAUGGGAGUGGCGAAACAGAUAAAGGAAGGGCCUCGGGUGGGGAAACGAAAGAGAGUGGAAGAGAGCAGCAAUAACGAUCAAAUACGAACUACCAGGAGCAAGAGCAGACGAAUCGCAAAUACAAGUUCUCAACAGGAUGCUAUUGAGAUCGAGGAUAGCGAGGAUGAGGAGGAAUACAACCCCGAGUCUCCGGAACCACCUAGCGAUGGGCUAGUCGAAUGUCCGUUGGAAUGCGGCAAGCGCAUGAAGGAAGCUGAAGUGUUCGCGCAUUUGGAUAGAUGCGAUAUAGAAAAGCAGGAACGGCAGCGAAAGGCAAAGCCUGCGCAAGCACGUCUGAACGGCUUUGGGAUAUCUUCCAGCCAGCCUGCAACACGACCUCAAGAUCGAAUAAAUCAACUCAACUACUCGAUGCUUACCGACUCGGCAAUGGCGAAAAAGCUCAAGGAAGGCGGUAUUCCCAGUUGGGGAAACAAGAAACUUAUGACCAGUCGACAUCGAGAAUGGGUCAACAUCUGGAAUGCCAAUUGCGACUCUACUCAACCGAGAGCGAAGCGCGAUCUCCUUCAUGACUUGGAUAUUUGGGAAAGGACGCAGGGUGGAAAGGCUCCAACUUCGAACAGUUCACUCAUGAGGAAAGACUUUGAUGGGGAUGCACAUUCAAAGCUGCACCACGAUGAUUUCUCGAGAUUGAUUGCUGAUGCGCGGAGAAAGAAGAACUUGCCAGCACCCGAACCGAAACAGGAGGAGAGGGAGCAGGAAGAGAUGGAACACAAAAUCCAAGCAUCACAAUCCGAUUUGGAUGACAGACUCCUAGAUCUUCCGAUACGAAAAGAUGAUGGUGGCAGUCCUUGGACGGAUGAUCUAUCUCCAAGUUCACAACACGAAGCUUCAAUCGCUGAAGACAACGAUGGAAUGCAGCUGCAGGAUGCYGGCAUUAGUACGGAUACUGUGAUUUCAUCUCAGGAGAAAGCUUUGGCAGACAGUCAACAAUACGCGCGACAGAACCACGCCUUGCCCUCAGUGACGGAGCAAGUGCUUGGGAGGUGA